CACACAGUGACACAGACACUGUGAUUUACCUAGUCUCAAGUCCAGGUGGUAAAAGAGUUCAAUUUCGAUUUCUUGAUAUCUGAUUUCUGCGCAUUGAAUUUGCAGCUGCCAUGUCUGCCAUUUUGUUGAAGAGAGGAGCUCAAACACUAACAACCACUUCAUUCACGUUAAUGCCUCAUACUGUAUUUGUAAGCACCCCUUCUCUUUUACUCCAUUCUCAAUUUCUUCUUUUCUCUGCUAAAUCUAACCCUAUUUCUUCACAACCCAAACCCCCCUUUAUUCCUUCUCCAUCCACCACUCAUCCCGAGCUAAAACUACUACUCUAUCAGAAAUCUAAGGUUGGUUUCAAUAAACUCGACGAUGCUCUUCUUGUGUUCGAUAAAAUGCUCCGUCUGAAAUCUGGGCUUUCUGUUGUGGAUUUCAACCAACUCUUAACCGCCCUUGUUCGCAUGAAAGAAUACUCUGUAGCUGUCUCCAUGUUUAGAGAAUUGCGUGUUUUAAGCAUUCCUGUUGAUAUUUUUACCUUUAAUACUAUCAUCCAUUCCUGUUGUCACUUGAAUACACUUGAUUAUGCCUUUUCAUUGCUUGCUGGAAUCAUCAAGAGUGGUUGGGUGCCUGAUGUCUUUACCUACAACACUCUCAUCAAGGGCCUUCUGUCUCAAGACAGGCCUUUGGAGGCUGAGCAUCUGUUUAGGAAGCUUAUCAGAUUUCAAGAUAUUCAGCCUAAUGUAGUGACAUAUAGCACCAUCAUUGAUGGUCUUUGCAAAACUUCAAAUACCUCCAUGGCUCUCAAGUUGUUAAGAAAGAUGGAGAAGUUAGGUUCUAAACCCGAUGCGAUAACUUAUAACUCGAUUAUUGAUUCUUUGUGCAAAGAGAGACGAGUCGAUCAUGCAUUGGAUCUUCUUUCUGUAAUGACCCACAAAGGCAUAUCACCAGAUGUUAUAACCUAUAACAGCUUACUUCAAGGUCUUUGCAGCUCCAGCCGAUGGGAGGACAUUGAGCCGUUGUUAAGUGAGAUGGGUGCUCAGAAGAUCCCUCCUGAUUUGCACACCUAUAAUAUAUUGGUCGAUGCACACUGCAAAGAAGGGAGGACAACAGAUGCAGAAAAUGUGAUUAAAAUUAUGAUCCAGAAAGGUGUGCCUCCUGAUUCAAUCACAUACAAUUCACUGAUGGAUGGAUGUUGUUUAACAGGCAAAAUGGACAGGGCACUAGAGGUGCUGAAUACCAUGAGAAGUAAUGGGAUAGCGCCAGAUUGUUAUAGCUUUAACAUUCUGAUAAAUGGCUAUUGUAAGAGGCAGGAAGUAGACAAAGCCAUCAAUCUCCUCAGACAAAUGCAUGUUGAAGGUAUAAAACCCAAUGUUCAAACCUACAACACCCUCAUACAUGGUUUGUUUCAGAAGGGUAGACAUGCUGAGGUGCACAACCUUCUCCAUGAAAUGCUAAAAAGAGGUAAUAAACCAAAUAUCGUAACAUGUCGAAUUCUGUUGGAUGGCCUUUGCAAGAACCGAUACAUGGAUGAAGCAAUUUCCUUCUUUCGAAUGAUGGAAUGUAAAGGUAUAGUUCAUGAUAUUCAAAUACAUAAUAUCCUCAUCGAUGGUCUCUGCAAGAACAGAAAACUUGACGAGGCCAGAAAUAUUUUUGAUAAGUUUGCUUUAAAAGGUUUGCAACCCGAUGUCACAACACACAACAUAAUGAUCAGAGGAUUUUGUCAAGAAGGGUUAUUUGAGGAAGCAAAGAUAUUACUUUCUGAGAUGGAAACUAGUGGUUGUUUGCCUAACGAUGUGACUUACAACACGAUCAUCCGUGGAAGCCUUUUGAAUAAAAGAUACGAAGAAGCAAUUGUACUGAUUGAGAAAAUGCGAGCUCACAAUUUCUCAGCGGAUGCAUCGACCACAUCCAUGGUAGCAGACCUAUUACCUAAAGAAGAUCAGGAAGAAGAGGAAGAACAGGACCCCGCCCUUCUUUCUUUCUGCAAAUGGUUUUUGCAACAGAAAAAUGAUCUCGCUGACAGCUCGAGCACAUUCUUUAUUUGAGAAGAUCAGUCAAAUAGUUCUGAAGGUCUCUCCAUCAAAUGCUGGAUAACUGAAGGGCAUCCCCUCCCUAGUCCCUCAUUUAUGCUUCAUGUUUGAUAUUAAGGACUGCUUACUAGAAGUGCAGAAGAAUGAUCAUAAAAGUAUGAAUUCAUCGUCUUUACUCCUGUCGGUAAAAUUUAAAAGCUAUAGGUCAUCGACCUAACUCUAUGUACUCAACAGAUUUCAUCAAGUGGCCCCUUGAAUGGUAAUAAGCAUUUCAAGUGACUUUUGCACAAAUCUUAUGGUUUGUUGCAUCGAGAUCUAUUGUCGCUUGCACUAAUUUAGCAUCGAACUUUAAAAUGUCAUCAAACUUAACGGAUUUAUCAUCGCUGUACUGGUCCAUUGU